AUGAUGUCUUGGGAAGGCUUUCCCAUGGAGAUUCGUCUCGCGGUUUUGGAAGAGUUAAUGCAGGAUGGUUGUAGCUUGGCUGGCUUCGCCACAGUGUCACGAGAGUGGCAGAUGGUCAUCGAGCCUUAUAACUUCUCCCGGAUUAAACUAACGCCGGCACGCCUCGCCGAUUUUGGUCAGAUGCUCCAUCGCAAUAGGAGUCUCGUGCGCUACAUUUGGCUUUGCUUGGAACUCAAAGAAUAUGAUUGCACCGAAUGUGACGCUCAAGAUCCAGAGUUGUAUAGCAUAAGCAACGUAGACAAUACCUUGAUAGCCACAUCAAUUCAAAAUCUCUUCACAACACUUAGCGUAUGGGAACCAGGCAAUAGCUUGCUGCUAGAUAUCAGCGUCUACUCCCUCAGUGACUCGAAGCAUUGGUUCAAAUAUCUGACCUUUGAGCCUGAUGUUGCUUUCGAUAUAUUUCGCCGGAAUCAACAGACAGUGGCUUCAACGAAGGUCAGACCUACUGACCACCGCGUAUACCGCCACGGAUGGAUUGAUGGUAGUCAAAAUUCCACUGCAUCCUAUCUCGCCAUAGAAAAAAUCUUUGGUGAAAUCUUUGGCGAGAGCCCAUUUGAUAAUGAAGAACAAGAGGAUCAGUGGUGGCAGCAACUGCCGUUAGUCCCAGCAGUAACAGGUUUGCUUCUCCGUCAACAGAGCCGCCGACGAUGGAGGCCGGCCACAUUGGCACGUAUGUUUGCCCGUCUGCCUGGACUCCAGGAAAUUCAUUACGAGCCUUGGAGGGAAUGGGACAAUUCUAUGCAGAAGUGGACGGACCAAUCUUUACAACGUCUUUUUGAAUCGCUUUCUUGCUCUCAAUUACAGAGACUCGUAAUCUUUGAGAAUUUCGACCAAACCUACCCAGCUGGCUACGGGGGUUCGUAUUGUCGCCCUAUGCGAAUACCAUGCUCUUCUGUUAGUAGGGCGCUUGCUAACGCCAGUCUCACACUUGAACAUCUCUCAACAUCGUUCAUGGUAGAAGCUAGCCAUUUUUUCAAAGCUCGAGAACUUUCCUGGAAGUGGCCUAACUUGACAUGGCUUGCGCUGACUUCACGACUGCUCGUGCCACAGGAGCGCUCGGCGGAGUUGGAUGAUAUGCUUCAGACAGCAGCAGCGGCGGCUAUGAAUAUGCCAAAUCUUGAAACAAUGGAAAUAUGGAACGGAGAGAAGGGGUUAGUGAUGCUCUUUAGAUACCAACGCAAUAAGCGAGGGCAACCUGCUGAGAUAAUCUGUAAAGGAACAUGGGAGCUGACCUUGCGACCCCUUGUAAUACAGGCUUGGGACUCCGUAUCAUUGAAGCAUUGCGGCCAAGGAAAUGUUAUCAUCAAGGAGUUACUGGAUAUUACUGACAGUAUCAAGUCUCAUGGUGACGCCAUCCGCCAUUUGGAAUUGUCAAGGCCUGUCGUUCGCCCUGUCUCACUGCGCCAGAUUCAGAUGAAGCACACAAUUUGA